ACUCAAAGGUCCUGUUUCACCCCCAGAUCAGCCAUCGCCUCAGGACUUCAUGGCUAUAACGGGAUGCUGGUGGGACUGCUGGUUGCCGUGUUCUCCGAGAAGUUGGACUACUAUUGGUGGCUUCUGUUCCCUGUGACCUUUGCAGCCAUGACCUGCCCAGUUAUCUCUAGUGCCUUGAAUUCCAUCUUCAGCAAGUGGGACCUGCCAGUGUUCACGCUGCCCUUCAAUAUCGCUGUGACUCUGUACCUGGCAGCCACAGGCCACUACAACCUCUUCUUUCCCAUGACGCUGGUAGAGCCUGUGUCCUCCGUGCCCAAUAUCACCUGGACAGAGAUUGAAAUGCCCUUGCUGUUACAAGCCAUCCCCGCCGGCGUUGGCCAGGUGUACGGCUGUGACAACCCCUGGACAGGCGGUGUGAUCCUGGUGGCUCUGUUCAUCUCCUCCCCACUCAUCUGCUUGCAUGCGGCCAUCGGGUCCAUCGUGGGGAUGCUAGCAGCGCUGACGGUGGCCACACCCUUCGAGACGAUCUACAUGGGCCUCUGGAGCUACAACUGCGUCCUCUCCUGCAUUGCCAUCGGGGGCAUGUUCUAUGCCCUCACCUGGCAGACCCAUCUGCUGGCCCUUGUCUGUGCUCUGUUCUCUGCGUACAUGGGAGCAGCCCUGUCUAACAUAAUGGCGGUGGUGGGUGUGCCACCAGGCACCUGGGCCUUCUGUCUUUCCACCCUCAUCUUCCUGCUUCUGACGACCAACAACCCCGCCAUCUACAAGCUCCCGCUCAGCAAGGUCACCUACCCAGAGGCCAACCGCAUCUACUACCUGACAAUGAAAAGCAGUGAAGAAGAGAAGUCCCCCAGCGGCGGCAGUGGGGAGCAGCCACCACCAGCAGGCCCAAAGGCGGAGGAGGGCUCUGAGGCUGUGCUCCCCAGGCGCAGGAGUGUGUUCCACAUCGAGUGGUCGUCCAUUAGGAGGAGGAGCAAAGUGUUUGGAAAAGGCGAACACCAGGAGAAACAAGUCAAAGAACCAUUUCCCUAUCCAUACCGGAAGCCCACAGUUGAGCUGCUCGAUCUGCACACCAUGGAGGAGAGCUCCGAGAUGAAGGUGGAAACCAGCGUGGCCAGGACUUCCUGGAUCCAGAGCUCCGUGGCUGCCAGCGGGAAGAGGAUCAGCAAAGCCCUCAGCUACAUCACAGGAGAGAUGAAGGAAUGCGGAGAAAGACUCAAAGACAAAUCCCCGGUGUUCCAGUUUCUAGACUGGGUGCUCCGCGGCACGUCACAGGUGAUGUUCGUGAACAACCCCCUCAGUGGCAUCCUCAUCAUCCUCGGCCUCUUCAUCCAGAACCCCUGGUGGGCCAUCUCAGGCUGCCUGGGCACCGUUGUGUCCACCUUGACAGCCCUCAUCCUGAGCCAGGACAAGUCAGCGAUUGCGGCAGGACUCCACGGUUACAACGGGGUGCUGGUGGGGCUGCUGAUGGCAGUGUUCUCAGACAAAGGCAACUAUUACUGGUGGCUUCUGCUCCCUGUCAUCAUUAUGUCUAUGUCUUGCCCCAUCCUGUCCAGUGCCCUGAGCUCUGUCUUCAGCAAGUGGGACCUGCCAGUCUUCACGCUGCCCUUCAACAUCGCUGUGACUCUGUACCUGGCAGCCACAGGCCACUACAACCUCUUCUUCCCCACGACGCUGCUGCGGCCCGCAUCCUCCGUGCCCAACAUCACCUGGUCGGAGGUCCAGGUGCCCUUGCUUCUGAGAGCCAUCCCGGUUGGGAUCGGCCAAGUGUACGGCUGCGAUAACCCCUGGACGGGAGGCAUCUUCCUCGUGGCCCUGUUCAUCUCCUCGCCUCUCAUCUGCUUGCACGCAGCAAUUGGAUCCACCAUGGGGAUGUUAGCAGCCCUUAGCAUCGCCACACCCUUUGACGCCAUCUACUUUGGCCUAUGUGGCUUCAACAGCACUCUGGCAUGCAUAGCCAUCGGAGGCAUGUUCUACGUCAUCACCUGGCAGACGCACCUCCUGGCCAUCGCCUGUGCACUGUUCGCAGCCUACCUGGGGACCGCGCUGGCCAACAUGUUAUCUGUGUUUGGACUGCCACCCUGCACCUGGCCCUUCUGCCUGUCAGCGCUCACCUUCCUGCUCCUGACAACCAACAACCCUGCCAUCUACAAGCUCCCACUCAGCAAAGUCACCUACCCAGAGGCCAACCGUACCUACUACCUGUCCCAGGAGAGAAACAGAAGAGUCUCUACCACAACCAAGUACCAGGCCUACGACGUCUCCUAAGUGGCCCUUUCCAAAGCCUGUCACUGUAAACGCAGCCUGCAGCAGGCUGCCUGGGUCCCCAGGCUAAAGGCCACUUCACCUCCUCUCUGUCUGUCCUGUGAUCCUCCCUGCCAAGCACAGGCCAAAAUGUGUGUGGUCACCCACCAUUCAGGAGCCUCUCUAAGACACACGACACUUAUCCACAAUAUGUUAGUUUAGACGUGACACCCACGGCUGGCUCUGUUGGGCCAAGAGAUCCCUUUGAGGGGAACUUGCUGUCUUCUGCAAAACAAGCCUCGUCCCUAAAGAGAAGUCACCAGAAGGGACAGAGAUGGGUGAUGUGGUCACCCAACACAGUCAUUUAAUGUAGCAAAGCACAGUGCCAGGAAAUGUUCAUUAGCCUGGAAGGCAAGAGGCCUGGUCUCCUUGCAGCUCUGCUUCUAAGCAGCUCCAACUGUCCCAGCCUCGGUUUCUUAUUAGCAAGUGUUUCUCUAUGACCGGGAGGGACUCUAAAGUCUCUUCCACCUUAGAAGUGUUGAUUCUUUUCUGUCUCCUAUAAAAUGAUCAAAUUAGCAUGACCAGCAAGUAUUACCUUAAGUUGAAUAAUAGCAGGAAGCGUUACCCAGAGAAGCAGCAGCAAAGUGCUGAUGUUCUAUUGAGGUUUAUUCUGGGAUGGUGGGAGACAGUCUCCAGAUUUGAGGUUAGGAACUUCCGUUCACCAGAAAUACCAACGUGCCUUUUCUGACAUAACAGAAAUAUUUCUGGAGAUGUCGGAAGAUGAAAACUGAUCUUUUCCAACAUUUAAAUCACAUGGUGAAGAACCAUCCUUCCUUUUGUAAUAUUCACAAUCACACUGUCAUUAAACUGCUCUAACCUCGUCAGCUGGAGUCAGGGUUUUCCUCCACAGUCACUCGCUGCCCCCUGGAAGGGUUUUCCAUGGUCACACCUGUCUGGAAAGAGAUGAGGGUGGGGCAAAAACUGUCAGAAGAGCGU